CAAGGUGUAAAGUUCCGUGAUGUUACCGCACAAAGUCUUGUCGAUGUUCAGAGAUCGAAAAUGUUGGCCAACGAUAUUCAAUCAUAUAUCGACGAAUUGACCAAAUCCGAUGGCAUUUCUUCGAGGGACAUGGUUGAAGUGUUAGAGGAUAUAUCCGAUUCAAUUAAACAAAUAAUUAAUGCUAGCGUGGCAACUGGAGGUACAUCAGUAGGCCUUGCAGUUUUAGGUACCAUUCUUCUUCCAUUCACCUUUGGAGGAAGUGCGGCCCUUAUAGGACUUGGUGCCGCCGGUUCGAUAGCCGCUACUGGGGUGGCUACAUCCGUUGCUAUUCAUGCAAGUUGGGCGGAAGAAUAUGAAAAAAAUCUACGUCAUGUUCAA